AUGAGCUCACUCUCGCUCAAAUUCGUCUCCUCGUCCCUGGGCGUCAUCGCCGCGUCCAAGGAUGCCCACCACAAUGCCGCCCUCGGUGAUGCCGUCAAAAAUGCACUCGACGCCAUCAAGGCCGCCGAUCCCGAGUUGCCCGACCCCGAGAUCGUCUUCGCUCCGCUGCAGCUGGCCACGCGGUCCGGCAAUAUUGCUCUGGCCACCAGCGCGCUCGACUGCAUCGGCAAACUCAUCUCCUACUCGUGCUUCUCCAUCCCACCACCUCCGUCGUCAUCGUCCGAGCAGGGCUCGCAGGCCUCCGACCAUCCGCCUCAGCCGCCCAAACCGCCAGCUGCUCCUUUGAUCGAGCGCUCCAUCGAUACCAUCUGCGACUGCUUCCAGGGCGAGACUACACCGGUCGAGAUCCAGCUGCAGAUUGUCAAGUCGCUGUUGGCUGCCGUCCUCAACGACAAGAUCGUCGUGCACGGCGCCGGCCUGCUCAAGGCCAUCCGCCAGGUCUACAACGUCUUCCUGCUGUCGCGCAACACGGCCAACCAGCACGUUGCCCAGGGCACCCUGACCCAGAUGGUCGGCACCGUCUUUGAGCGCGUCAAGACCCGCCUGCACAUGAAGGAGACCCGUCUGGGCCUGGCGAAGCUGAAGCAGAACGGCAGCAACGCCACCUUUGAGCAGGCCGAAUUGUCCACCAACGGCGCCGGUACCGACAGCAGUCGCAGCGGUGCCGGCAGUGCGGACGGUGACGACAACGGCGAGGCUGAUGGCGAGGACGAUGACCAUCGGCUUCCGCAGCUGCCGACGGCCGAAGUCGACGAGGCUAGCGAUGCUGCGGCCAAGCUGACGCUCAAGGACCUCGAACACCGCAAGAGCUUCGACGACUCCAAUCUGGGCGAUGGACCGACCAUGGUCACCCAUCUGAAGCAUCCACCAGUGCCGUCUGCCCGCUCUGUGUCUGAGCAGGCCGCACCCGACAGUCCCCACGGCGACUCGCCUGAGUCGCUCGACGCCGAGGACGAGGUCUACGUCCGCGACGCCUACCUCGUCUUCCGCUCUUUCUGCAACCUCUCGACAAAGGUGCUGCCACCCGAUCAGCUGUACGAUCUGCGCGGCCAGCCGAUGCGGUCCAAGCUGAUCUCGCUGCACCUGAUCCACACGCUGCUCAACAACAACAUCGCCGUCUUCAUGUCGCCGCUCUGCACCAUCACCAACACCAAGAACAAUGAGCCGACUAGCUUCCUGCAGGCCGUCAAGUUCUAUCUCUGCCUCAGCAUCACACGCAACGGCGCCAGCUCUGUCGACCGCGUCUUCGAGGUCUGCUCCGAGAUCUUCUGGCUGAUGUUCAAGUUCAUGCGGCCGCCCUUUAAGAAGGAGAUUGAGCUGUAUUUUGUCGGCAUCCUUAACCGGCUCUGCGCCGAUCCACGCGCCCUUGUCGAGACGUACCUCAACUACGACUGUGACCGCAACGUCGACAACAUCUUCCAGACCAUUGUCGAGUACCUGGCCAAGUUUGUCAUCACGCCCGUGUACGUCGCGCCCGAGCUCGAGCGCGGCUACGAGGAGAAGCACGGCACGACCAGCGGCAGCGACUGGCAGCUCAAGACCACUAUGCCGCCGCCGCUGACCGUCAACCAGAUCGUGCCGCACCAUGAGCCCGAGAGCGAGUUCCCCAAGGAGUACGUGCUGAAGCGCGUCGCGCUCGACUCGCUCGUCGAGUCGCUGCACUCCAUGGUCAACUGGUCGCAGGCCGGCCGGCCUGACCGCAGCAGCGCCUCGGCGGCCGACGUCGAGAAGCGCUCGUCGACCGAGGACAUGCGCGAGUCCAUCGACCCAUUGGCCAGCGACAGUGUCUCGCGCGUGGACGCGUCGCCCAUCCCACCAUCCACACCCGUUGUCGACGAUGACCCGGAGCACUUGGAGAAGGAAAAGGCCCGCAAGACUGCCCUGGCUGCGGCUGUGCGGGCGUUCAACUUCAAGCCCAAGAAGGGUAUCAAGAUGCUGAUCGAGCAGGGCUUCAUCCCCAGCGACUCGCCCGCCGACAUUGCCCGCUUUCUGAUCCGCGACGAGCGCCUUGACAAGGCGCAGGUCGGCGAGUAUCUCGGCGAGGGCGACGCCAAGAACAUUGAGAUCAUGCACGCCUUUGUCGAUACCAUGGACUUUAGCAAGCGCCGCUUUGUUGAGUCGCUGCGCCAGUUCUUGCAGUCGUUCCGGCUGCCGGGCGAGGCCCAGAAGAUCGAUCGGUUCAUGCUCAAAUUUGCCGAGCGCUACAACGACGGCAACCCGAACGCAUUUGCCAACGCGGACACGGCGUACGUGCUCGCAUACUCGGUCAUCCUGCUCAACACGGACCUGCACAGCAACAAUGUGACUAAGCGGAUGAGUAAGCCGGAUUUUAUUCGCAACAACCGCGGCAUCAAUGACAACGCCGACCUGCCGGAGGAGUACCUGCUGGGCAUCUAUGACGAGAUCGCGUCCAACGAGAUUGUGCUCAACAGUGAGCGGGCGACGGCGGCGGCAGCUGGCGCGCUGCCAUCGCAGCCGACGGGCCUGGCAGCGGCCUUUUCCAACGUCGGCCGCGACCUGCAGCGCGAGGCGUAUGUGCAACAGUCAGAGGAGAUGGCGCUGCGGUCGGAGCAACUGUUCAAGAACCUGUACCGCAGCCAGCGGCGCAACACAGCCAAGACGGGCAUCAAGUUCAUGCCGGCGACGUCGUUUAAGCACAUCGGUCCCAUGUUUGACGUCACCUGGAUGUCGUACUUCUCCGCCUUUUCGAGCCAGAUGCAGAACGCGCACAACCUGGAGCUGAACCGGCUCUGCCUCGAAGGCAUGAAGCUGGCGGUCAAGAUUGCGUGUCUGUUUGAGCUGGCGACACCGCGCGAGGCCUUCAUCUCGGCGCUUCGCAACGCGGCCAACCUGAACAACGUGCAGGAGAUGUACGCCAAGAACGUCGAGGCGCUGCGGGUGCUGCUGGAGCUGGGCCACACCGAGGGCAACUACCUGCGCGAGUCGUGGAAGGACAUCCUGAUGUCGGUCAGCCAGCUGGAGCGGCUGCAGCUGAUGGCCGGCGGCAUCGACGGCAGUUCGGUGCCAGACGUGUCCAAGGCGCGCUUUGUGCCACCUUCGAGCGCAAGCGCUCGCGAGAGCAGCAGCACUACUAGCGGGAUGGACCAGCAGCGGCGGUCGAUGCAGCGGCGGUCGCGGGCGAUGACCACGGGGCCCAGCGGGUUCUCGUCGGCGGACGUGGCGUUUGAGCUGACGUCGGACGAGACGCUCAAGAGCAUGGACCGGAUCUUCACCAACACGGCGAAUCUGCACGGUGACGCUAUCGUGCAGUUUGCCCGAGCACUGACCGAGGUCAGCUGGGAUGAGAUCAAGGUGUCGGGAUCCAACGAAAAUCCGCGCAUGUACAGCCUGCAGAAGAUUGUGGAGAUCAGCUACUACAACAUGACGCGGGUUCGUUUCGAGUGGACCAACAUCUGGGACGUGCUGGCUGACCACUUCAACAAGGUGGGCUGCCACGGCAACGAGGCGAUUGUGUUCUUCGCGCUGGAUUCGCUGCGGCAGCUAUCGAUGCGCUUCAUGGAGAUCGAGGAGCUGCCGGGCUUCAAGUUCCAAAAGGACUUUCUGAAGCCAUUUGAGCACGUCAUGUCCAACUCGAGCAACAUCCACGUCAAGGACAUGGCGCUGCGCUGUCUGAUCCAGAUGAUCCAGGCGCGCGGCGGCAAUAUCCGGUCGGGCUGGCGGACCAUGUUUGGGGCCUUUACGGUGGCGGCACGGGAUCCGGCAGAAAGCAUCGUGAACAUGGCAUUUGAGAACGUGACGCAGGUGUACCGGACGCGCUUCGGCGUGGUGAUCCAGCAGGGCGCGUUCACGGACCUGAUCGUGUGUCUGACCGAGUUUUCCAAGAACAUCCGGUUCCAGAAGAAGAGCCUGCAGGCGAUGGAGACGCUCAAGUCAGUGAUCCCGACGAUGCUGAAAACGCCCGAGUGCCCACUGUCGCAGCAGAAGAAGAAGGCCAAGACGAACGGCAGCAGCAGCGGCAGCAACGGCACGACCGGACCGGCGGCUGGUAGCGAGGGGGUCGUUCCAACAGUGACGGUGGUGCAGAACCGGACAUCGGUCGAGGAGGGCUACUGGUUCCCGGUGCUGUUUGCGUUCCACGACGUGCUGAUGACAGGCGAAGACCUGGAGGUGCGGUCCAACGCGCUCAACUACUUCUUCGAGACGUUGCUGCGAUACGGCGGCGGGUUCCCGCCCGACUUCUGGGACAUCCUUUGGCGACAGCAGCUGUACCCCAUCUUCAUGGUGUUGCGGUCGCGGCCGGAGAUGUCGAACGUGCUGAACCACGAGGAGCUGUCGGUGUGGCUGUCGACGACGAUGAUCCAGGCGCUGCGCAACAUGAUCACGCUCUUCACGCACUACUUUGACGCGCUGGAGUAUAUGUUGGACCGAUUCCUAGAGCUGCUGGCGCUCUGCAUCCUGCAGGAGAACGACACCAUUGCGCGCAUCGGCAGCAACUGUCUGCAGCAGCUGAUCCUGCAGAACGUCGCCAAGUUCUCGCCGGCGCACUGGUCCAAGAUCGUCGGUGCCUUCUGCGAGCUGUUUGAGCGCACGACGGCGUACCAACUCUUCUCGGCCACCACGGCGGCCGGCGCUGGUUCGGCGGCCGCUGCAUCGGCAUCGCUGUCGGCCGCGCCGGGUGCGCUAGAGCUAGGGUAUCCGUUGAGUCCGGUGCCGCCAGGGGUGGCGUCCUCGUUUGGCGAUGACAAGGGGCUGGGCCUCAACGGGGAAAGCAGUGUUGGCGGUGGGGGUCUAUCGGCGAGAGCAGACUCAGACACGGCAUCAAUGUUAUCGGUGGUGCCGACAGAGGCGACGACAGAAGAAGAUGUGCAGCGGACACCGACGUCGGCCACGACGGCCACGACAGCCACGACAGCCACGACAGCCACGACAGCCACGACAGCCACAACAGCCACAACAGCAACAGCCCCGCUAGAGGACUACCGGCCAUCGAGCAACCUGCAGCAGCAGCCGGUUGUGGUAACGGCGGCACGGCGGCGGUUUUUCAACCGGAUCAUCUCGCGUUGCGUGCUGCAGCUGUUGAUGAUCGAGACGGUCAACGAGCUGUUUGGAAACGAGGCGGUAUACCGACAGAUUCCGUCGGUGGAGCUGCUGCGGCUGAUGGGGCUGCUGAAGAAGUCGUUUUUGUUCGCGCGGCGCUUCAACACGGACAAGGAGCUGCGGAUGCGGCUGUGGCGCGAGGGCUUCAUGAAGCAGCCGCCGAACCUGUUGAAGCAGGAGUCUGGCUCGGCGGCCACGUAUGUGGCGAUCCUGUUCAAGAUGUAUGCCGACGGGGCGCCAGAGCGACAAGCGACGCGGGCCGACGUGGAGAAGGCGCUGGUGCCGCUCUGCAAGGACAUCAUGCACGGCUACCUUGCGCUCGAGGACGAGAGCCAGCACCGGAACAUCAUGGCGUGGCGGCCGGUUGUCGUCGACGUGCUCGAGGGUUUUGCGCUGUUCCCCGAGCCGGCCUUCACGGCCCACACGCGCGACUUUUAUCCAGCCGUGGUGGCGCUGCUGGCCAAGGAGCUGAGCGGUGAGCUGCGCGCGGCCAUCAUCCAGGUGCUUCGCCGUGUCGGAGAGGUUGGGCUCGGCAUCGACGGCCUCGCGUCCGCGCCCGACGGCUUCUUUUUCGGUGGCCAGCGCCGCGACAGUUUGCUGAGCGCGGCCAGCGCCGAGGGCGGCGUCGGUGGCGGCGUUGGUGGCGGCAGCUCGGUCGACGACGAGGGCGGCGAUGCCAGCACAAAACUGAUGGGCCGGCGGAUGCACUCGCCGCCUGUUUCGGGGGGGCUGAAGUAG